AUGCAAAUCAGCCGGCAGCACGCCCCCUCCCACCCCAGUCCCGCGCGGGGCUCCAGGUUCGCUGGACAGCCGCGGGGAGCCACCAUGUUCAACCAGCAGCAGCAGUAUCACCAGCAGCAACAAUUGCAGCAGUUGCAGCAGCAACAGCUCCAGCAGCAGCAGCUCCAGCAGCAUCAGCAACAGCAAUUACUGCAGCUCCAACAGCUACUCCAGCAGUCCCCACCUCAGUCCUCCAUGACCAUGGCAGUAGGCAGGGGGCUCCCCCAGCAGCAGCCACUGCAGCCGUUUCUGAAUCUCCAAGGCACCAACUCAGCCUCCUUCCUCAAUGGCUCUGUGCUACAGAGAGCUUUGCUUUUACAGCAGCUACAAGGACUGGACCAGUUGGCCAUGCCACCAGCCACGUAUGACAGUGCCGGCCUCACCAUGCCCACAGCAACACUGGGUAACCUCCGUGGCUACAACUUGGCAACCCCAAACCUGACAGCCCCCAGCCUUACACCCCCUCAGAUGGCUACCCCAAAUCUACAGCAGUUCUUUCCUCAGGCCACUCGCCAAUCUUUGCUGGGCCCCCCUCCUGUUGGAGUCCCUAUGAACCCCUCCCAGCUCAACCUUUCUGGACGGACCUCCCAGAAACAGACCCGCACCUCCUUUUCCACUACCCCUAGUCGCAAGGAUUCUUCUUCUCAGACGAUACCUGUGGAAGACAAAGCAGACCCCCCAGAGGGGUCUGAAGAAGCUGCAGAGCCCAGGACCGACACACCAGAAGGGCAAGAGUCCCCCCAUUGCCCCGAUGGUGUCACUAAGGAGAAACACCCCUCAGCACUGGAGUCAGAGCCUUGUGAGGCACUGGAGCCACCAGCCAAGAGGUUAAAAAGCUCCGAGGAGCUGACAGGGAAGGGCCACCCAGGGCAGCUGCAGGCAAAGGUCCAGCCACAGGCCCGGAUGACAGUACCAAAGCAGACACAGACCCCUGAGUUGCUGCCUGAUCCCCUGGAGCCCCGCAUAGCACCACGAUUCCCACCUGGGGUUCUGCAGAUCCAGGCCCAGGUGCAGCCACAGAUGCCACCAACGGACACCCAGGAACAGCCAAAGCUGCAGAAACAGGCACAAACACAGACUUGUCCUGAGCACUUAGUGCCUCAGCAGAAGCAGGUGCAGCCACAGCUGCCGAAGGAGGCAGAGCUGCCGAAACAGACGUAUCCACAGGUACAGACACAAGCACAGCCAAGGCUUCUGCGGCCACUUGAGCAGCCUCCCGUGCAGUUGCCAACAGAGCAGAGCCAGGGGCAGCCUCAGACCCCGCCACAGGUGUUAGUGCCAAUCCCAGAGCAGGCACGAGAUCCAGGUCAUGCCACAGUGCUGGACAUGCUGCCUGAGGUGGUAGAAACUGGAGGAGGCCUAGAGGAGGCUUCACCGGAGCCAGUGGACACUCAGGUCAGCCUGGAGGAGAGCCAGGAAGAAGCAGCCAGCCGCCUGGAUGUGGCAGAAUGUGAAAAACGAGCUCGAGAGAUGCUCAGGGUGUGGGGUGCCGGAGGCUCCCUGAAGGUCACCAUCCUGCAGAGCAGUGACAGCCGGGCCUUUAGCACUGCACCCCUGACUCCUGGGCCGCGUCCUAGUGACUCCACAUCUACCACUCUUGCUGCCGCCAGCACACCUUCCAAGCACGCCCUGCAGUUCUUCUGCUAUAUCUGCAAGGCCAACUGCACCAGUCAGCAGGAGUUUCAGGACCACAUGGCAGGGGCCCAGCACCAGCAGCGUCUUGGGGAGAUCCAGCACAUGAGCCAAGCCUGCCUCCUGUCUUUGCUGCCAGUGCCCCGGGAUGUCCUGGAAAGAGAAGAGGAAGAGCCUCCACCCAAGCGCUGGUGUAACACCUGUCAAGUCUACUACAUGGGAGACCUGAUCCAACACCGCAGGACACAGGACCACAAGAUUGCCAAACAUUCCUUGCGACCAUUCUGCACUAUCUGCAGCCGCUAUUUCAAGACCCCCCGCAAGUUUGUGGAGCAUGUGAAGUCCCAGGGGCACAAGGACAAAGCCAAGGAGCUGAAGAUGCUCGAGAAGGAGACAGCUGGUCAAGAUGAGGACCACUUCAUCACUGUGGAUGCUGUGGGCUGCUUUGAGGGUGAUGAAGAAGAGGAGGAGGAAGAGGAGGAAGAAGAGGUUGAGGUUGAGGAAGAGUUCUGCAAGCAGGUGAGGUCCAGAGAUAUAUCCAGAGAGGAGUGGAAGGACUCGGAGACCUAUACCCCCAACACCGCAUAUGGUGUGGACUUCCUGGUACCUGUGAUGGGGUACAUCUGUCGUAUCUGCCACAAGUUCUACCACAGCAACUCAGGGGCACAGCUCUCCCACUGCAAGUCCUUGACCCACUUUGAGAACCUUCAGAAAUACAAGGCAGCCAAGAACCCCAGUCCUACCACCCGGCCUGUGAGCCGCCGAUGCGCCAUCAACGCACGCAACGCCUUGACUGCCCUGUUCACUUCUGGAGGCCGCUCACCCACUCAGCCCAGCACCCAGGACACAGCCAAAAUCCCCAGCAAGGUGCCAGUCCAGUCCCCGCAGCCCCCACCACCCCGGCGCUCUACCCGCCUCAAAACCUGA